AUGCCAGACUACACUGCUGUCAAUGUGGAUGAUUUGAACGUGAAUGUCACCACACCGCCACCAUAUAAUGAUCCAGGAAAUUCAGUAGCCAAGAAAAAAAUGUCUAGAAUUCGUGGGUUACAUGAAAUUUUUGUCAAAUUGAAAUAAAAUUGCAAAUAUUUGCAGAAAAACAAUCAAUCGCUUCGAGCAAAGCUUGUGAGCACUGUGGUGCUCCACCACAAUUUCAACGUGGAAAUAGUCAAGGCCCUGUCGUAGUCUGGCCAGCGGUUCGUCCCACCAAUCAUAUUCACCAAGAUUCACGCCAAUUUAUUGGUUAUGUUUUGGUGAUUGCUAUUGUUAUUUUCCUUCUUUUUGCUGCUUGUAAGUAUUUGCCUUAAAUGUUUGGUGUUUUUUUCAAAGCAUUUUUAUACCUCACAAUUGAAUAAAUAUUUUUUGGAUGAAUGAGAAAUGAAAAAAUAUUUCCAUGGAAACACAGAAAAACGCUGAUGAGUUAAUGAGAAUGAAAUGAACUAUUUCAGAUUUUUAUUUUGAGCAGAGCAGGGAUUUUUAAAGUGCAGCUGGAAAAUAUUUCCUCGGAGAGAUUAGUGGUUAGAAUAUUAAUUUUUUUCAUUGACUGUUUCAUCAUUUCUUAUUUGAUUUCAGAGUUAUUGUAUUGAAGGAAAAAUAUUCAGAUUUAAAGAGAAGUGAUGCUAUGAAAAACAUUAGGAGCAACACAAACGAGCAAGGAAUAUAGAACUUGUAUUUCGAAGAAACUCAAUAUCAGAAAUCUAGCGUAAUCUCUUGAUUCCGACAGAAGUUGUAGCGAUAGUGAAGAUUGAAAUCAAGAAUUCACAAAGGAAUCUCUAUAUAAUCAGAAAGUAAUAUAUGCUCCGAAUUACUACGCACAUCAUAUGAUUACUUGCAUUCCUUAUACAUAACUAUUCUAGAUAUGGUCCGUUAAUUUUAAAUAGAGUACUUAAUUUUCGAAUACACGAAACAUGUCUAACUAUAUCUUCCAUCUUUUUCGAACUCUCUGUAUCUAGAUUUUUCGAAAGCAUCCUUCUAACAAGCUGUCUUAAAACUACAGUAUAGUUUGAUUUGCAAAAAUAGCAAUUCUAUUUUUAUUUUUUUCUAUCUCGUGGUUUAUGUUUUCUCCAAACACCCACGAAAAAUUACAAAAAAAACAGAUCAUAUUUAUCAAACCCUCAAAAAAUCGUUUUUAUUUUCAGAAAAAAAACCAUAGAACGCUUUUCCAUCUUUUCGUUCCCACCAAAACCCAUUUGCACUUUGUUAAUUUUUUCCUCUUAUAAAAAAACUAUUGCACUUUAGAAAGAAACCAAAAAAAAAAAAACAAGAAACAAAAAUAUAUAGUUUGAUUGCCAAUCAAUAUUUUAGCACAUUGGCUGACCCCGCAAAACCGUUCCCCCUUUCUAUUGUGCUCGUCUGCGUCUCUCUAUCUCCUAUAUCUUCCCCUUUUUUCACACCAGACAGUUAUUCUUUUUGUUGUUGUACGCUCUUGUGGUACGCUUCUUUUUAUUUUUUCUUGGUUUUUCCCGCCUUAUCUUUUCUCUUUGAAAUGAAUGAAUUACAGCAAGCUUCACUUCUUCACUUUUCAAUCCAAAAAUGUCAAAGAUGCCAGGAUGUCGUUUUGUUGUUCAACCAGUCAUCGACUAUGAAAUCCAACCAAUGAUCACAAUCGAGAAGAAAAGUGAUGCGCUUUCCGAUUUCUUUGGUGCACCUGAAACUAGUGAAGUAGCCAACAAACAAACUUCGACGCGUAUUACACUUACUGAUGAUGGUAGGUGUUUUUUUUUGAAGAAACAUGCGGAGUUUACGAGAUAAAAAUUGAGAGAUUCAGAACAAAAUUCUAGAAUACCCCUAGACUAUGUUCAAAAAUUAGAGAGGUGUAGAAAAAUAUAAAAGUUCCAUCUCCUUUCACAUCAUUAAUAAUAAAAUUGCAAUUAGACAAGAAAGUGCGUGAGAAAGUAACAUACCUGAACUAUUUAUUUACCGUCCUCCUGUAUUACCUAAAAAAAACCAAAAAUUCCAUUAUCAAGCUCAAAUAUAUUUCAGCACUCACGGACGGCGUCUACGUUAAUGCUCACGAUCACGCAAAAAUCUAUGCAAAACUUCACAAAAACACUGGAUGCGAAAUCUUCGCCUUCUUAUUCGUUCUCUUCGUUUUGGCACUUCUUGUUGUUGCAUUGAAACAAUCGUUCGAAUUCUAA